UCGCAGCCGACGCUCACCGCCGCGUCGCAGCCGACGCUCACCGCUGCGGCGCAGCCAACCCUGUAUGCUGGCCGGCCCAUGCAACUCACCGCCGCGUCACCGCCUACGCUCACCACCGUGUCACCGCCGACGUUUACCAUCGUGUCACCGCCGACGUUUACUACCGUGUCACCGCCUACGCUCACCGCCGUGUCACCGCCUACGCUCACCGCCGCGUCGCAGCCGACGCUCACCGCCGCGUCGCAGCCGACGCUCACCGCUGCGUCGCAGCCAACGCUCACCGCUGCGUCGCAGCCGACGCUUCCUCCAGAGGUGGUUGCAGCUUGGCGGCGCGAGCCUGCUGCGAACGUCUGCCUCGUGCGCAUGACGCAGCACAUCUAA